CGUUCCUCUAUUUUACCAAUCUCCUGUCCAGCAGGUGGCGCUAAUGCAACUUCUGCGUCUGUUCCAGAAGAAGUAGACUGACCGAAAAAAUGGCGGAUGACAAGGAUCCUCUGAGACAGUUAAAGGAUCUAACUCGGCUUAAAAAUCAGCUGGAGGCGAUUCAGAGGAGAGUGGAGACCGAGGUAUCCGCAGAAUUUCCCCAGGGAAGCACGGUGUUUGGAUCACCCUUCCUGAAGGGCUUUUUGGUCGGCUAUGUGGUGGCAAAGCUUCGCUCCUCGGCCUUCCUGGGAGUGCUGCUGGGAACUGCCACUGGCAUUUACGCAGCCCAGAGCUAUCAGGUGCCUAACAUUGAAAGGACCGUUAAAGAUUACAUGAGCACAAUGAAAAAGGGACCAAAGUAAAUUGGGCUGACGUUCACUAAAUGAGGAAGUGCUCUUGGAGGUACUGGUCCACAGCAGACUGGAGUUGAACUUUUCUGAGUAAGGAGGAUUAUGGAUGCAUUCUUUUGACUGGAAUUCCACUUGGGACCUAAAGAGAGAAACUUUAUUCGUUUUUACUUUUGCUUUGGGUUCAGUUUAAUCCUGCUUUAAUUUCUACUGUCCACUGUUAACACAUUGCACCUGCAUGACGUUGUGCCUACAAGGUUUAGGGCUUAAUUAAAGCAGCUAUAUUUAUAUUAAGGCCUUUGGAUUUUAAUAUGGAAAACAGGCAGAAACUUUCCCCACCUCAUGUACACCACAACUUUACUGGUCUGUUCAAAAUAAUCACAAUUUAGUCUUAGAAUGUGUUGGAAAUAAUAGUUAAAGAAAACUGA